UGUCUCCGUCUCCCUCUGUGUCUCCAGGUGCCCAUCACGUUAGGGGUGAUCCUGAACUCGUACUUUGACGUGCGGUUCAACCUGCUGGGGACGGUGUUUGCAUCACUGGGUGUUCUGGUGACGUCACUUUACCAAGUGUGGGUUGGGGCUAAACAACAUGAGCUCCAGGUGAACUCCAUGCAGCUUCUGUACUAUCAGGCUCCUCUGUCCUCAGGCUUCCUGCUCUGUGUCGUCCCUCUGUUUGAACCACUGACUGGAGACGGAGGAAUAUUUGGACCCUGGUCUCUGCCCGCUCUGGUGACGGUGCUGUUCUCGGGUGUGGUGGCGUUCCUGGUCAACCUGUCCAUCUACUGGAUCAUUGGAAACACCUCGGCUGUCACCUACAACAUGUUUGGUCAUUUUAAAUUCUGCAUCACUCUGAUUGGAGGAUACCUGCUCUUCCAUGACCCGCUGUCCCUGAACCAGGCGUUUGGGAUCCUCUGCACUCUGGCUGGCAUCCUGUCCUACACUCACUUCAAGCUGGCUGAGCAGGAGGAGGGGAAGAGUCGGCUGGCUCAGAGACCGUAGGCAGGUUCACCUGUCAGUCACCUGCACAGACUCCUGACAGGCCACCGGCUGCACAGACCUCUUUAUAUAUUUUUAUACUGCUAUGAGUACUUUUCAGGAGAGUAAAGAUUGUCGUCAUGGUUCACCGACACGUCGGCGCAUCGUUGGCUCUUUGCUCUCCUCCCUGCGGCGGCUGCAGCAUGAAAAGCUUUGAUAAUUAAAUAUUAAACCAUCUUUGUUUCAUCCAAAGCAGAUAUACGAACACUUUAUCAAACAGCUGUCACUCAGACUGAUGCAGGAGGGGUUGUGCUGUUUGUGGCGAGCUGUUAACGGGGUGGACUACAGGUUUGUGUCAUCACAGGGUGGGCGGAGUUACAGGACAGACUGUUCAAGAGCCUUCGAGCAAAGCAUCAAACCAUCUGCUGCUGGAUGCACUUGCUGCCGUCACAACAAUAUAAUAAUGAUUAACCCUUUGAAUCCUGGAGCGAUGUCACUUUACGGCUUUCAUGAAUAUUGAACCCUGAGUGAAUCGAUUACUUUCAGAAACAUGGGGAAAAAUAGCAACGAGCAACUUGGUGAGAAAUGCCCGAAAAAUUGCAAAAAAUUAAUAGAUUUAGAAAUUUAAAAAAUAACUAGGGAAAAGCUUUAUUUAUAAUUAUUAUUAUUACAUUUUAAAAUUAUUUUACAGAAUUGUUUUAAAUUUUUUAAACUUUUUUCAACUAAUUUUCUUGUUUUUCAUUUUCUCUGUUUAUUAAUGUCUUGCAAAUUUUUUGGGUAAUUUCGUCUUUCGUUUGUUGCUCAUUGCGUCUUCCAAUAUUUUUGAAAGACAUGCCAGUUUGCUCGGGUUUCAGAGGGUUAAUAAAAUGCGAGCACAAAAUGUUUCAACGCGGUACUUCAUCCUCAGUGUCUGUACUUCAAUACUUUUUUGAUACCACGUGUUUAAAAUAAAACGAUCUCUGUGAACUCUACAUUCGAUCAUCGAUUCAUAUCCAGAGUUUGUAAUAGAUUUCUCUUUUUUUAAUCGAAAGUGUUUACGGUCUCGUUCAUUGUCAUUUUUAUACAUUUUCUUCUUUAUUUUUCUUUUAUUUGUAGCAUUUUUACAGGACUGAGGCUGUGAUGAGGAUUUUAUUACAUUUUUAUUUCCAGUUUUUUAUUUCCUUUGUGAGAAAACAUUUCAGGAGGCGGUCUGAUGCACCGUCUCUGUGUGGACGCAGCAGGGACGAGGUCACAACAGGAUCUAAAGUCUGUAUCAAUACAGAGGUUCAAACUGAGCAUGCUCAGUAGGUCUGAAUCGUCAGUGCAAAACUCUCCCUGUCGUCAUUUUUACUUCACUGUGUUCAAUGUUCUCAGUCUGCUGAAUAAAACCUGAUGUGAUGACUUUGCA